AUUGACUGCGAUUCUAAUGUAAUCGACAAAAUGGCAGCGCCCUUAAACGAAGAAAUUCAGCGUUUGUCGUACCAUAAUAUCAGACCAGUUAUACUACACGGUUACGUUCUUCCUUUUAUUUUCAUAUAUGCGAUCUGGUUCUACGUCUGGGCAACUAUUUAUGGAAUUGAAGAUUACUACGAAGGUGGACUGAUUACUUUCGCCGUCAUCGGUCUGUUCCAGAUUUUGACAGCAUUGUUCUGCUUGUGGUCGAUUGAUAUUCGAUGUGCACUUACGUGUUCACAGGUUGACAACCCCUUCUACGCAGAAUGGGUGAAGGUCGUACCCACACCAAACAAUGGUUUCACAGAACUUAUCAAACUUUAUCACGGGCAGACUGGUGAUGAAUAUAGACUGUGGUUUAUUUUCCAAAAGACAAAGUAUGUUUAUGAUGGAACAGAGAAGAAACAAUUUCAGCCUCUCACAUUCCCUAUUGACCACUCAAUCCACUACUACAUGGACUGGAAAGGCUACCAAGAUGACACUGAAGUUGCAGCUGCUGAGAAGAAAUUUGGCCUCAAUAAAAUGGGUAUGGACAUCCCCCAUUUUGCAGAAUUGUUUAAGGAGAGGGCCACAGCACCAUUUUUUGUCUUCCAGGUGUUCUGUGUGGGACUUUGGUGCCUGGAUGAAUACUGGUAUUACAGUGUCUUCACUCUCUUCAUGUUGAUUGCAUUUGAAGCGACGCUUGUGCAACAGCAGCUGCGGAAUAUGGCAGAGAUUCGGAAAAUGGGCAACAAACCUUACCUUAUUCAGGUGUAUCGAAACAGGAAGUGGAUUAAAAUAAUGUCAGACACAUUGAUUCCAGGUGACAUCGUAUCUAUUGUUCGUUCUCAAGAAGAUAAGAUAGUGCCCUGUGAUAUGCUGCUGUUGCGGGGACCCUGCAUUGUGGAUGAGUCUAUGUUGACAGGAGAGUCAGUGCCUGUGAUGAAGGAGCCUGUUGAGAACCUGGAAGGCAGCCAUAUUCUGGACUUGGAGGCUGAUGGCAAACUCCACAUCUUGUUUGGUGGAACCAAGGUUGUUCAACACACACCACCAAGCAAGUCUGGACCUGGAUUAAAAGCAAGCGACAAUGGCUGCAUAGCCUAUGUUCUGAGGCACAGUUUCAACACAUCACAGGGGAAGCUACUCCGCACAAUCCUCUUUGGUGUGAAACGAGUCACAGCCAACAAUCUGGAGACUUUCUUCUUCAUCAUGUUCCUGUUGGUUUUUGCCAUAAUUGCAGCAGCUUAUGUUUGGAUCAAAGGUACAGAAAACCCAAGUCGCAAUCGCUACAAGUUGUUCUUGGAAUGCACUCUCAUCCUGACAUCAGUAGUUCCCCCUGAGCUACCUAUUGAGCUUUCAUUGGCUGUGAACACAUCACUUCUGGCUCUCACCAAACUAUAUGUCUACUGCACAGAGCCAUUCAGAAUCCCUUUUGCUGGAAAGAUAGACAUUUGCUGCUUUGAUAAAACAGGCACACUGACAAGUGAUGACUUGGUUGUAGAGGGUGUUGCUGGCAUUGGGGAGGGAACAGAGAUCAAGGCAGCAUCAGAAGCACCCUUGACAACCAUCCAAGUGCUGGCCACAUGCCACUCCCUGGUGCAGCUGGAAGAUGAGAUGGUGGGUGAUCCCCUAGAGAAGGCCACACUGAAAGCUGUAGAGUGGACUCUCACAAAAGGGGAGGCAGUAGUUCCCAUGAAAGGUAGGGGAAGUGGCCUUAAGAUCUAUCACCGUUUCCACUUUUCAAGUGCUCUCAAGCGUAUGUCCGUCAUUGUUGGCCACACACCUGCUGGAAGCACAGAAACAGAAUACCUGGCAACUGUUAAGGGUGCUCCAGAAACCCUUAAAGAUAUGUUUAGUGCCAUACCUGACAACUAUGAAGAAGUUUAUUUAGCUAUGGCACGGCGUGGAGCUCGCAUCCUUGCACUGGGAUACAAGCAAAUAGGAUAUCUUUCACACCAGCAGGUACGUGAAUUGGUGCGGGAUGAUGUGGAAUGUGACCUGCAGUUUGCUGGCUUUGUCAUCAUCUCUUGUCCCCUCAAGGUGGACUCUAAGGCUGCCAUUAGGGAAUUGCAACACUCCUCCCAUUAUGUGACCAUGAUCACAGGCGACAAUCCACUAACAGCAUGUCACGUCGCACACGAGUUGCGAAUGAGCAAGAAGGAUUUGACACUGAUUCUCACACCACCCAACAGACUAGAUGCUGAAUGGCACUGGCAGUCCAUUGAUGACACUGUGAUACUUCCUUUGGAACCCCGAAAUUUCCGCAAAGAAUUUUUGCCUGCCUAUGAUCUUUGUCUCACAGGGGAGGCACUGACAUUUCUCCAAUCUAAACCAAAGAUUAUGCAGUUACUUCUGCCUAAUACCAGAGUGUUUGCCAGGGUAGCACCCAAACAGAAGGAGCUGAUCAUCACGAUGCUUAAAGCCCAAGGGCACAUCACUCUUAUGUGUGGCGAUGGGACAAACGAUGUCGGUGCGCUCAAACAUGCUGAUGUUGGUGUGGCCUUGUUAGCUAAUGCCCCAGAGCGACUGCCUGAAAAAAAGAAAUCUAGGAAAGAGGAGAUUGGAUCCAGUGUUGAUGGAGAUCCACACACUUCUAAUGACAAAAUAUCUCCAUUAACACGAGGUAAACCAACAGGGCGAGCAGCGAAGCAACGUGCAAUUGCCAGAGGAGAUCCACUACCACCCCAUCAGAAAAAGUUGGCAGCCAUUUUGAAGGAGAUUGAGGAAGAGGAGAAGGCACAAGUCAUUAGGCUAGGAGAUGCCAGUGUAGCCUCCCCUUUUACCUCCAAACUGUCAACAGUCAUGAGUGUUUGUAACAUCAUCAAGCAGGGCCGCUGCACUCUGGUUACCACACUUCAGAUGUUUAAGAUCCUGGCCCUCAAUGCUUUGAUCCUUGCCUACAGCCAGAGUGUCCUUUAUCUGGAUGGUAUUAAGUUUUCGGACGCACAGGCUACCUUGCAGGGGCUUUUGUUGGCUGGAUGCUUCUUGUUUAUUUCACGCUCCAAGCCUUUAAAGACAUUGUCAAAAGAACGGCCACUGCCCAAUAUCUUCAAUGUCUACACCAUCCUCACUGUGAUGCUGCAGUUUGCUGUCCAUUUCUCUAGUUUAAUGUUUCUUGUCUACCAUGCAAAACAGUUGACUAUCAGGCCAGAUGGAGAGUUUGUUGAUCUAGAGAAGGAGUUUGAGCCAAGCAUUCUCAACACAACAGUAUACAUAAUAUCCAUGUCACUGCAGGUGUCAACAUUCGCUGUUAACUACAAGGGGCAACCAUUUAUGGAAAGUCUACAAGAAAACCGGCCUCUUUUGUACAGUCUCCUAUUUUCUUGUGGUGGCAUUAUCACUUUGGCUAGUGGCCUUGUUCCUGAUGUUACAAAGCAGUUUGAGCUUGUCGAUCUUCCAUCAGAGUUCCGUAACAUGGUUUUACUAGUCGUGUCAGCAGACAUAGUGAUGGCAUACAUUGUUGACAGGAUAUGCCAGUUUAUGUUUGGUGCUGGGCGAUUGAAGUCAAUGUACUGACCCUACAUCACUGAUAGCACCGUGCUAUUUCUCACAUACAUGCGCAUGUGACUGCCAUCAUGAACUAUGGAAUUCUUGUACAAAUUGUUGGUGCAUGUGCUGGCUGAGUGAGAUGGGAUGGUGUGGAUUGCAAGUGAUUGAAAUGCCUUUAUGAGAAUCAAAUGUGGUGAUUAAAUAUAUAAUAAUAAUUAAUGUUCUAAAUGCCUCUUAUUCUGUUAGAGAACUGUAUCUGAUGUGCUUCUCAUGUCAAAAAGUCAAAAAAGAGUUUUCAACAUGCCUGUGUCAUGAUAGACAACUGUUUUGGACAUUUUUGUACUUGACAGAGAACUUUUCCAUGUCUUUAUGAAGACAGAUAAAAAAGCAACAAAAACCCCACAAGAUUUAAUUUUUGCAUUUCACUGGGAUCAAUAUAACUAUUCACUAUAACUUAUUCACAUCUUUUUCAAUUUUGUUCAGAGAGAUUGUGAGAUAUAGUUCUACUUCGGAGAUUAUGAAUAAUCUAUUUGAGGAAAUCAUUUUUAAGUGAAUUUGCUUUUAAAAAGGACAAUUAACUAUUUUGGCUUUCUCAACACUACUAGGUACACAUUGUUGUACAAUACAUGACAGCAGGCAUUACUAUUCAAGAAAUAUUUUAAUUCAUUAAAAUACAGUAAUAAGGAACAUAAUGCUCUUUUAAAUUUGUGGGUCUUAUUAUACAUAAUGCUCAUUAAGUUUUUUUUCCUAACCAAGAAUCAUAAAUAGCAACACUAUAGCAACACUUCAGAUACACUGUCUCCUACAUUAAAAGGUAACUACAAACGUAGCAAUAAUUAAUGUAAAAAUGAAUUAAAUAAGCACAGGAGCUAAAAAUAUUUAUCUAACAUAAUGAAUGUGUCACUGCGUUAGUGUCUCUUUUUCAUUGAUAAACAUAUGCAUAUUUUACUGAAAACUAUUAGUUCUUUCUUCCAGGUUUAGAAAAUGAGAUUUACAGAUUGUAGGUGUGCAUUUCAAUGUAUGUGUGUAUGUGUGCACAAGGUCUUAUGAGAAAGAAGGGGUUCACACUUUCAAAAACAGUAAAGCACAUGCAUAUCUACAGUUUGGUUUGUCACAACUGAUCAUCUUGCCAGCAAGUUACAUGCAACACGGGAAUAAAUUUGAAGAUGAUUAAUAGCUAAUGUUGACAGUGUGGUUUUCACUUCUAAAUGUCAUUGUAAGAAGCUGAAGACGAUGGUACUCUGAAGAGCAUUCUUGCAUGUUACUGUUCACAACUUGUGUACAGAUGCUUGCAUGGACUUUUGGUGCACCAUGUUUUAGGCAGAGAAAAACCUAAUUAGAUUUUCGCAAAUCUGAGUGUUUUCCUUUCUUCUGACUUGGCUUUCCCUGUCUGCUGUCAUUCCUUUCUCUUCUACCUUCACACAAACACCUUAAAGGAUAGAGUUAAUUUGCAUCUAGUCUUUAUUGAAAUGGCUGAAAUAGUGACAUUUUAAAAAACAUUUCCAUACUCUGUUUAAUUUGAACAGAUGUCAAUAUGUGUAGCAAAAUCAAACAUACUAUUUGAUGGUCAGGUGUUUGUUAUACUUUUAUGUUUUAAUGCCAGUUUGAAAAAAAUGUUUCACUUGUAAAAAAAACUGCAAUGAAAAAUCAGUGUUGAAAUUUCAGUGACCUUCUAGACUGAAUACAGGUUCUACAUUGUACCACCAAGCCAGUGAAUUUACUGUGAAAUAAUCCUCGAAAUGACAUGGCGUCUACAGUUUUAUCUCGAGAGCUGACCUCCAAGUGUGACAAAAAAAUAGGCAAACAAGAACAAUAUGGAGUCUACACCAUAAAUUGUGUUAACCUUGACCUCUUCAAACUGGUAUGAUGCACCGCAGACAGUAAUGUUGUUACAGUGUAGCUUUUUAAAGUGCAGCUUGCAAGUGAACAUCAUUAGCACCAUUUUGAAACCUGUCAAGUCUCAAUGCUGAGCAGAUGAAAUCAUUUUGUACGUUACAUUGUUGUGUUUGUGACCUAAAGGUGAUCGGAGAGUUAAUGUCUUUGGUUGAGGGAUAUUAAUGUUGAAGGAUGUGGAAUAAAGUGUUGUUUAUUAAGGAUAUGAAAAUUAAAAGCCACGAAAGCAAA